ACAAGUUAGUUUGAGCGGGUUGCCACAACAGGCAAUGAAAAUUCAACUGGCCAGACAGAACCGUCGACCGCAGUAGAUGCCGAAUGGCAGAUACUCCCUGCUCUUCCCUGGGAGGGUGAUUUGAAUGAGCUGGAUGUAAAUGACGGUGCGCCACCGCACUGGAUGUCUAGAUUUGUGUCGGGGCGAGAUUCACAGGCGCGCUCUAACGUUAACUGGAAACGCUGUUCUUGAGGAGCAGAAACAGAAGAUAGCUGUACUAAACUACACCAGUGCUCAGAGUCACACAGAGUUGUCGUGUAUUACCGCAUCCUGACCUGAGAACGAGAGAGACAGCAUUCGUGUGAGAGCAGCUGCCAUGACAGGGGUGGGGGCAGAGGAUGACAUCCCUCUCUGUGAGAGGAAAACUGUCACUGACUUCUGCUAUCUCCUGGACAAGUCCAAACAGCUUUUCAAUGGCUUAAGGGAUCUGCCUCAAUAUGGACACAAGCAGUGGCAGUCCUAUUUUGGCCGAACAUUUGACGUAUACACCAAGCUGUGGAAGUUUCAGCAGCAGCACAGACAAGUCCUGGACAACCGGUAUGGUCUCAAGAGGUGGCAGAUAGGUGAAGUGGCCUCAAAAAUUGGCCAGCUGUACUACCAUUACUACCUCCGCACUUCAGAAACAAGCUACCUUAAUGAAGCCUUUUCCUUUUAUUCGGCCAUUCGCCAACGAUCAUAUUACCACCAAGUCAACAAAGAAGACAGGCCAGAGCUGGUUGUAAAAAAGCUGAGGUAUUAUGCUCGCUUUAUCGUUGUUUGUCUGUUGCUCAACAAGAUGGACCUGGUUAAAGUGUUGGUCAAGGAGCUGUCUGAAGAGAUUGAGGACUACACCCAACGCUUCAACACAGAGGACCAGUUAGAGUGGAACCUGGUGCUGCAGGAAGUUGCUGCUUUUGUGGAGGCAGAUCCUCUUAUGAUCCUAAAUGAUGACAACUCUGGGGUGGUCAUAUCCAAUCGGUUGCAGGAGGGAGGCAUGCCCCUUCUUGAACAGGGCAUGGUGGUUGGCCAGCUCACCUUGGCAGAUGCGCUCAUCGUUGGCAACUGUAACAAUCAGGUGAAGUUUAGCGAGCUGACCAUCGAUAUGUUUCGUAUGCUUCAAGCGCUUGAGAGGGAACCGGUGAACCUGGCUACACAAAGCUCCAAGCCAGGGACACUUGUAAGAGAAGACUCUUACACUCUCCCUGUCACUCUCUAUGAGCCCAAUGAAAAGCCGGCCAAGAGAGAGAACCCUCAUAAAUAUCUCCUCUACAAACCAACCUUCAGCCAGCUCUACACUUUCCUGUCUGCCUCCUUCAAGGAACUGCCAGCCAAUAGUGUCCUGCUGGUGUAUCUCUCUGCCACUGGAGUGUUUCCUGCUGGACGCUCAGAGCGUGAAGGACCAUAUGAUUUUGGAGGUGUCCUGACCAAUACUAAUCGAGAUGUGGUAAACGGUGAGAUGGUUCAGAAGAGAAACCAGGCACAAAAAGAGAUGCACUGUCUUCACCCAGGAGACCUUUUCCCCUUCACCAGGAAACCUCUGUUUAUCAUUGUCGACUCAUCCAACAGCACAGCUUAUAAGAAUUUCUCCAAUCUGUUUGGCCAGCCACUUGUUUGCCUGCUUUCUCCAACAGUGUAUCCGAAGAGCAUGCAAGACCCGUGUCAGCGUGGGAGUCUGUUUACUCUUUUCCUUUACAACCCCCUCAUGGGCUUCCUGUCUGUGUGUGGACUGAGCAGCAUGCGCUAUGGAUUGUGGGAAAAGGCCCAAGAACUCCUACGGAAGGUUUUCCAUGACAUUGGCCAGAUGAUCACGAGCUCCCGAGUUAUAGAUCAGGCCUAUCUGCAAUUUUAUGGCGAUGAAUUUCUGCGUCUGCUCAUGAUCCGUUUUGUGUUCUGCUGCACCACACUCCGAUUACACAAGCUUUUCCGGGAAGCGGGGAGUUUUCCAGAAUCGUACCCCCCGCUGCCCAAACAGGAGAUAGUGGAGAGUAGCCUUCUACAGAAACGUGUGCUGGAGCUGGCGGCCAUGUUGGACGUGCAAAACCUCUUCUCUGAUGGCAUGUUGGAUAACUAUUGACCACAUGGUGGCACCAUGCCAACCUGCAGACACACGCUCAUGCCCAUACACACACAAACACAAGUUGUAGGUAGGUUCUUCUGAACAAGCUAGUUGUUAAGCCUAAUCUCAUUAGAUCUAGAUACGGUAGUUUAAUAACUAUUCAAGACAAAAUAUCUCAUCUUUGUGGGCAGAUAUUUAAAAUUUGUCGAGUUCACAUGUAUUUUUAGAUUUUAAUGAGCUACACACACCCAGAUGCGAAAGACUUGCUCCCAACAUACAGGAAAAUGUACUACAUGCAUGUAGCGUUUGAGAGUAUGAGCGCAGGCAAAUGGGCGUUCAGACCUGUUGAGGGCAGCUAUCGCCGUUUCUGAAGGUGAUAAGAGAGCACAAGAAGAAAGGAGACUUGGAA